UCAAAAAGUCUAAACCCUAAAAAUUAUAAACCUCUCACUUUGCUACUACUCCAGUUUUCGGCACUGGUUCGCGCUGCUUCGCGGCGUUUGUUAACUCCACCGCACUCUCUCCACCUUCCCUUCCAUCUCCACCAUGGGUCGCAAACACGACGCCGUUGCGGCCAGCGAACCAGUCGCCGAUGAAGCUCCCAACAGCCCCGAACUCCAAUCCGAGAAGAAGAAGAAAAAGAAGAACAAAGACAAGCAUCAAAACGGAGAGAAAACCAGUCCCAAAAGGAAGCUCGAGGAACUCGACAAUCAAAACGGCACCGAAUCGGAGAAGAAGAAAAAGAAGAAGAAGGAGAAGCACGACAACAAGUCAGAAGAGAACGCAGAAGAAACCAAAGAAGCAAACGGUAACGGUAACGCCGAUGAAACGGUUGCGGACGGGGCCGUGGUGGUUACAGGGAAGGAUGCUGCCGACGCGAAGUACGCGGCGGUGAAAACCUUCAAGGAUUCGGGGCUGCCGGAGAAUGUGAUGGAGUGCUGCAAGGGGUUUGAGAAGCCUUCUCCGAUUCAAUCACGAGCGUGGCCUUUUUUGUUAGACGGUCGCGAUCUGAUUGGAAUUGCAGCCACUGGCUCAGGGAAGACCUUGGCGUUUGGAAUACCGGGGAUUAUGCAUGUUCUGGGCAAGCGGAAGAAUAAAGCUUCCAGGGGUCGGAGUCCUCUUUGCCUUGUUCUCUCUCCCACAAGGGAGCUAGCUCAGCAAAUAUCAGAUGUAAUGUGUGAUGCUGGUAGAACUUGUGGUGUGGAUUCUAUAUGUUUGUAUGGUGGAACAUCCAAAGGACCACAAAUCUCUGCACUAAAAUCUGGUGUUGACAUUGUCAUUGGAACUCCUGGCCGAAUCCAGGAUUUGAUUGAAAUGGGUAUCUUGAGCCUGAAAGAAGUAUCUUAUGUGGUCCUUGAUGAAGCAGAUCGGAUGCUUGACAUGGGUUUUGAACAAAUAGUUCGCUCUAUACUUGGGCAGACAUGUUCUGUUCGUCAAAUGAUUAUGUUCAGUGCUACAUGGCCUUUAGCAGUUCAUCACUUAGCACAGGAGUUUAUGGAUCCUAACCCUAUAAAAGUUGUCGUAGGUUCCGAAGAUUUAGCUGCCAAUCAUGAUGUCAUGCAGAUAGUCGAGGUUUUGGAUGACCGCGCACGUGACAAGCGUCUGUUUACUUUACUUGAAAAAUACCACAAAUCUCAGAGAAAUCGAGUAUUGGUUUUUGCUUUAUACAAAAAGGAAACCGCACGAGUUGAAAGUAUGCUUCAACAAGGGGGCUGGAAGGCUGUGUCGAUACAUGGGGACAAAUCACAACAUGAACGCACAAAGGCACUGUCUUUAUUCAAGAACGGAAGCUGCCCUUUGAUGAUUGCGACUGAUGUGGCUGCACGGGGAUUGGAUAUUCCAGAUGUUGAAGUAGUGAUCAACUAUAGUUUUCCACUAACUACAGAGGAUUAUGUUCAUAGAAUUGGGCGCACUGGGCGAGCUGGUAAAAAAGGUGUUGCCCAUACAUUCUUCACGCAGCAGAAUAAGGGACUUGCUGGGGAGCUCGUGAAUGUUUUAAGAGAAGCAAAUCAAGUUGUGCCAGACGAUCUCUUGAAAUUUGGGACACAUGUAAAGAAAAAGGAGUCCAAGCUUUAUGGGGCUCACUUCAAGGAAAUUCCUGUUGAUGCUAUGAAGUCUCAAAAAAUAAAGUUUGCCGACUCAGACGAUGAAGACUAAACUGGUGACUUUUAUUUAUUUUUGGCUCGACGAAUAUUCGAAUUCAGUUAUCUGUUGUAAUUUUUGUUCCGGUUCUGAUUAUUUAUUUCUUUAAAAGGAACUAAGAAAAUGAAUUUAAUUCAAAAGUAGAAUAGCAAGUCUAUUUAGUUUAUACUAAAGAUUUAACGAUCAGUGCUUGGAAGCUUUUGUUCUUUUCUUCCCGUUGACAUGACAAUUUUGAACUCAUGUAUAUUUUAGCUUCUAUCAUUGUUUUGUA